AUGAGUCUCGAUCGUCAGGAUGGGUCUCAGAAGAAAGAGCUGGAAAGUACCGCGAAGCCUGCAUUGCAGGGUCUGCAGUUGCCCUCUUCUUCCAGCCCGGUUGAGGUCUCCGUCCGCGAACCGCCGUCAUUCUUGCACCGGACGAAGAACAGGCUUGCCGAACCAGUCGUGGCCGCAUUCAUGGCCGGUGGAGUAGCCGGUGCAGUUUCUAGGACUAUUGUGUCACCACUGGAACGUUUGAAGAUCCUGCUUCAGGUCCAAACCGUCGGUCGAGAAGCCUACAAGUCGUCGAUCUGGAAGGCCCUCGUAAAAAUGGGACGUGAGGAAGGCUGGCGAGGCUUUUUGCGGGGUAACGGCACCAAUUGUAUUCGCAUCAUCCCUUACUCUGCCGUGCAGUUUGGAAGUUACAACUUCUACAAGAAAUUUGCCGAAUCACCUGAAGGUGAAAUGACCCCUAUGAGUCGCCUGAUUUGCGGUGGAAUCGCGGGCAUUACUUCGGUUACCGUCACGUACCCGUUGGAUAUCGUUCGUACGCGACUUUCGAUCCAGUCCGCUUCAUUUGCCGAGCUAGGUCAGCGAGACCAAAACCAAAAGCUGCCCGGCAUGUUCACCACGAUGGUCAGGAUAUACAAGACGGAAGGCGGCAUGAUUGCCCUCUAUCGUGGAAUCGUCCCCACCGUCGCUGGGGUGGCUCCUUACGUCGGACUGAACUUUAUGACAUAUGAGUCGGUGCGCAAGUAUCUUACUCCGGACGGAGAGAAGAACCCCAGUCCAUCUCGAAGAUUGUUGGCAGGGGCUAUCUCCGGUGCAGUGGCCCAAACAUGCACAUAUCCCUUUGAUGUGCUGCGGCGACGCUUCCAAAUCAACACCAUGUCCGGGAUGGGAUACAAAUAUUCCUCGAUCUGGGAUGCUGUGCGAAUGAUCGUGGCUGAGGAAGGGCUGCGAGGGCUCUUCAAGGGAAUCGGACCCAAUCUCCUGAAGGUUGCCCCCAGCAUGGCCAGCAGCUGGUUCAGCUUCGAGCUGACACGGGACUUCCUCGUCAGCAUGGGUGAUAGAGAUUAG